ACAUGUACCGGUAUGUUGUGUGUAUUGUGUACCGGCGAACAAUGGUGGAAAUGAACCGGCACAGUCAGGGAAGAGGCAGACGUCAACUUGUCAUUUUUUGGAAUCUUAAAAAAACUGUUGAUUUAAAGCAGGGGAGUGACACUUUUUUGGCCUAAAGUAUGACCUGACGACCAGAUAGGUAAGACCCUAUCAACAAGGUUUUUUUCUCCAUCUUCCCGCACCAUGAGUGGGUUAUAUUCCAAGCACAAUCAUGACGCGAAAAUCGUCGGUCUGUACGACUUGGAGGAGACGCUUGGACGGGGCCACUUCGCGAUCGUCAAGCUGGCUCGACACAUCUUUACUGGAGAAAAGGUUGCAGUCAAAGUGAUCGAUAAAUUGAAACUUGAUGAAGUAUCAAAGGCUCAUUUAUUUCAGGAAGUGCAAUGCAUGAAACUGGUGCAACAUCCCAAUGUUGUCCGGUUGUACGAGGUGAUCGAUACACAGACAAAAUUAUAUUUAAUUUUGGAAUUGGGAGAUGGCGGGGACAUGUAUGAUUACAUCAUGCAACAUGAAAAUGGUCUUGAUGAAGAACUUGCCAGAACUUACUUUCGACAGAUUGUGGAGGCUAUUUCCUAUUGCCAUAAACGGCGCGUUGUUCAUCGAGAUCUCAAGCCGGAAAACGUCAUCUUUUUCAAAAAGCAAGGUGUUGUAAAGCUGACCGAUUUUGGAUUUAGUAAUUGUUUCGUGCCUGGAAAGAAAUUGGAGACCUCUUGUGGAAGUUUAGCAUACUCAGCUCCUGAGAUUCUUCUUGGGGAUUCUUAUGAUGCUCCUGCAGUUGGUAAGAUAAUUGUCACAAUAUCGAAAAUAUGAAUAUAUUCUGAUACA